CAGCUGAGUGACGUAAAAACACAAGCAAAUCAGCAGUCAGUUAGUUUAGUUCGUCGCGCCCGAAGGACGCCUUUAUAAAAGCGCAACGUGGAAUACUUGAAUCAUUUUAUUGGAGAGAACUGUUUUUGAGUAUCUGAAACAUGUCUGGUAGAGGAAAGACUAGUGGUAAGGCCCGUGCCAAGGCUAAGACUCGCUCUUCUCGAGCUGGUUUGCAGUUCCCAGUCGGCCGUGUUCACAGGCUCUUGAGGAAAGGCAACUAUGCCGAGCGUGUGGGCGCCGGUGCUCCUGUCUACUUGGCUGCUGUGCUCGAGUAUCUGACUGCUGAAAUUCUCGAGUUAGCUGGGAAUGCUGCCCGCGACAACAAGAAAACUAGAAUUAUUCCUCGCCACCUGCAGCUGGCAGUCCGUAACGACGAAGAGCUCAAUAAGUUGCUGGGUGGCGUGACCAUCGCCCAGGGUGGUGUGCUGCCUAACAUUCAGGCUGUGCUUCUGCCCAAGAAGACCGAGAAACCAGCUAAGAGCAAGUAAGCAACGGCGAUACGCUCAUCAACACCAACGGCUCUUUUCAGAGCCACCCAUCUUUUCGCACUGGAGACUUUAUCCAUUGAGAAACCCCGAAUAGAACCGUAGCUUUU